AUGGCGACCGUCGACCUCGAAAAGACCCUCACAUCCUUUCUCCCGCCCAACCUCUCUGUCGAUGGUCUCUACUCAUCCCAGAGGCACGGUUGCCGCCAGAGAAAAGUGCCCGGCUUGAUGAAUCCAUCGUUGAGGUUCCUAUCGUUGUUGCUGACAAAAGAGGACAAGGCACAGCUAUGGGAUACAUGUAUCGAGGACGUUUCGACAUAUCACGGUCAGAGCAAUAUCACCCACGUCCUAUGGAACCACGCAGGAAACCAUUUUGUGUCAAUUGACGAGAAGGGCAAGAUCGUCAUCUGGGCCAACAAAUAUGUCGCAAAGACGGAUGGAUCAACCAAUACGACAAAGUUCGAGCGUGAACGAACAGGACGGGCGAGAGGCCCACUAUCACUAGUCCUUCUGUCUUCGGAUGGCCAGUUGACGACAGUGUUCAAGCCAGCAGGACAGGUGUUCACCCACAUUUCCACAGGGAUUCCACGGCAGUCUGCUAACGAGGACAUUACAGCUUCAAGGAUAUCUCAUGGAUCCAUGAUGAGUAGUGCGGACGGGUUUCACCUGGUGACACACAGUAACGGCAUUCUGCCUUCCACAGUGAACCUUUACAAUAUCGAUCUCCGAUUUUCGCCAGAACAGACAUUCCGUUGCGACGCGUUGGCUGUUCUCCACCUCUCAAAUCCUCUGACGAGUCCAGGAUCGGUCAUGAUGCCAAAUGUAGUACAACAUCUGCAGCUUUUGCCAAGUACACCAACAAGAUCCUUUGCCGUUGCAGUCGGUCUUGGAUCUAGGGAAGGUAACCAGGCGCUUUGGUUUCCACAUAUUUUGGAUAGGUUGAAGUAG